UAGGGUAAUAUCAGAAAAUAAGUAUUUAUGACCAGUAGAUAUAAUUAACAAAUGUUGAAUAUUUACGUCAACAGGGUUUGAUACAAGACAAGCAAAAAUAUACUCUAUAUUCUGCCGAAUUAUUGUAAGAUUUCGGCUACGGCUUGUUACUCCAAAAGCGUUCACAAAUGUCAAGAGAUUAUUUUCAAGUUUUGACCGGAUGUUGAAGUUGUAUUAUUGCUACCUUGACUGGACACUCAAACAACUCUGGCAACAAAAUCAGUUUGUCUAGUCGCAAAUUGAACAAAAUUGUGUACUAAAUGGGAAGAUAUAAAUGUGCCUACCACUGCGAAAACUCCAGCGAUUCAGAUGUGAAGUUUUUUAAGUUUCCCUUGUACAAUCCCCGAAAACUCAAGAAAUGGCUUAUCAACAUGAAGUGGAAGGACUGGACCCCAUCUCGCUUCUCUGUGCUGUGCAUCAAUCAUUUUGAGGAACAAUACAUUGACCGAACAGGCAAAUGUGUGAAACUUAAAGAAAAUGCAGUUCCCACCAUAUUUUCAUCCCCUGACGACACACAGAAAAGAAAGGCUUCCAUCAACCCAAGAAGUAAGAAAUACAAGCCACCUGGUGUUAAAGCCUCACAGACGAGUCCAGCUCCUGCCACAGCAAAGCGAAGCGUCCAGAACAAAGAGCCCAGCCACCCAGAAGAAGAGCCUGCUGGAGACAAAGACCCAAAAAAGUCUGACAAAUGGAGGAUUAUAGUAGAUGAAGGGCUGAUGAAGAUCGAGUCAUUUCCACAUUUCUUCCAUGGAGAUUACUGUGUACCACGGGAUAUUCAGUGGGCUCCAGAUGAUAAUGUGAGUACAGAAUGUGAAGAUCCUGAAAACGUGAUAGAGGUGAAAGAGCCGUGGCAGUGGCUUGGUCUGGAUGUCAGAGGACCGCUGCCCCAAACAGUGAACGGACACAAAUACAUUUUGACUGUGACAGACUACCACUCCAAGUGGGUGGAAGCUGUGCCUAUGCAGUCGUGCCUCCCUUCACAUGUGGCGAAGCACAUCGUGGACAUCAUCGCCCACUUUGGAUACCCGCUCAGAAUCCUCUCCAGACUGCCUCAUGACAUAGUCCACAAGAUCAACAGAGAACUGAAAGAUCAGCUGAAGGUCACCAUCGCUCUUGUCGUCUAUCAUCAGCAGACUGGCACUGCAGAUUUGAUCACACAGCAGCUGAUUGACAGGAUGGUAAGUGAUCUAAUAGAGGAGCAUGCAGCUGAUUGGGAUGUCUACCUGCCUGCCAAGGUUUUCAGUCUGUGUUUCAAAGAGCAUUCAAAGACUAAGGAAAGGCCCUUUUCAAUGCUCUGCUGUAAGGGACUGGAGCCUGUCCAAUCCCCCAGAGGACUGAAUUAUUCUUAUUCCAAGAUCCGAGAGAGUGCUUUCGUGGUUAGAUAGAAGUUUAUUUGGUCAAUUGAUGUGGAAAUAAAACAGAGCUUGGAGUAUUUUUUGGCCAUGGAAGUGCUUUGACUUUUGAUAAGGAUUGUCAUGGAAACAUGCUGAAAUUCAUCUGGACUUCAUGGCCACAGUGGGAACGUGGUAACCCUGAUAGUUUGACCAGGAUGAGGACUUUGUUGACUGGACAGGCAUCUCAGAUGAAAGUGCAGAUUUCUACAGCGUCCUCCACUCUCCCAAGGACUCAGUGUAAUUUUCAACCUGUUCAAUUCAAAGUUUAUUUUCACUUUUACCCAUUUUUUGUUCAUCAUCUUAGUAGAAGGCCAUUUUCAGUCUUGUAUCAUAUUUUUGGAUGUAAUGUUUUAUUAUUUUUUGUUAACAUUGUACUACAAUGAAUUGUAAUAAAAAUGCUAAAUGCAUUGACAAACUAAAUAGAGGUCUUUUACAGUCCAACAUGGCCAACAGUUUAGAAAGUUUGAGUUGGCAAAUUUAAGGCUGCUGUGCCUGAUUGUUUGUUAUUGUUUUAUCCCUAUAAAAUGUAAGACGUCAAUAAACACGCUUUAAAUAAGAA